AUGUCUGUUGACAUCGACGUGCUGAUCAUCGGAGCUGGGAUCUCCGGGAUUGGAUUUGCUGUCCAGCUCCAAAAAAAGUAUCCUCGGGUGAGCUUCGAGAUCUUCGAGAAAGCUGAGGGCUUGGGUGGGACGUGGUGGGUGAAUACGUAUCCUGGCUGUGGAUGUGAUGUAGCAUCGCACUUUUAUUCAUUGUCUUUUGCACUCAACCCCGACUGGAGCAAGAAGUUUGCGCCUCAGUCUGAGAUUGCUGCUUACUGUCAAGCUGUGGCAGAGGAGCAUGGUAUUCCUCGCCAUGUCACGUUUAGCUCUACUGUACAAAGCGCUGCAUUCGAGGAAACUACCGGUACAUGGGUCGUGACUAUCCUUGAGCAGCAGACUGGGAGAGUCUACCAGAAGCGAUCGAGGGUUCUGAUCUCAGCAGUCGGAGCACUUUCUGUGCCUAGAGAUUGUGAAAUAAAAGGCUCCGAGAGAUAUACUGGAAAGCUGUUCCAUUCUGCUCGGUGGGAUCACACACUUGAUUGGGCCGGUAAGGAUAUCGUCGUGAUAGGAAACGGUUGUAGUGCGACUCAGUUCGUACCUGUGUUGAGUGAUGGCCCCGGAAAGGCGAAGAAUGUUGUACAAUUCAGCCGUCAGGCGCAUUGGCUCGCUGAACGUCCUAACCCAACAUACUCUUCAACUUUCAAAUGGACGAUGCGCUAUGUGCCUCUUGCCAUGCGUAUGUAUCGGUUCUAUUUGUACUACCUGAUGGAGCGAGAUUUUGCUGGAUUUGACCUGGCCAAUGGAGGUAAAAUCCGUGAAGAGCAGAAGAAGAUCCAGCUCGAUUAUUUGCUACGCACGGCCCCGGAGCGAUACCACGAAGCAUUGAUCCCAAAGACCGAGAUUGGGUGUAAGCGCAAGGUCAUGGAUACGGACUACCUGGCCUGCUUGCACCGGGAGAACAUGGAGCUUGUCUAUUCCGAUCCUGUCGCGGAGGUCACAGAGACUGGCGUGAAGACUGAAUCAGGACGAGAAGUCCACGCUGAUGCUAUUAUUUUGGCGAAUGGUUUUAAGACGCAGCAGGUUCUAUAUCCGAUCGAGAUCACAGGCGAGAAGGGCGUCAGUAUAACAGAGCACUGGGACCAAUUCUCCUCCGGGUCAGCACAGGCAUACUACGGUACCUGCGUGUCCGAAUUCCCCAACCUGUUCAUCAUGAUGGGUCCGAACAUCACAACCGGCCAUCUGUCUGUCAUCUUCUCCACAGAAUGCCAGAUGAACUUUACUCUCCGAGUCCUAGAACCCGUACUGGACUCACUUUACCCAUCUCUUUUAUCAUCUCUCAAUCCCUUCACCAAAGCCAUAGACACCGUAGCAGUGACACCAUCAGCCGAAGAGCGCGAUAACACUUGGAUCCAAGCAGCCGCCAGCAAGCUCGUCUGGGCGUCUGGCUGCUCAAACUGGUACGUCGAUGCCCGGACAGGCCGGAAUACCAUGCUCUACCCAGAUUGGCAAUUCAAGUUCUGGCUGCGGAGUAUCUUCUUCCCGCUUUCGAGGGACUUUGUCUUUCGGUCUAGCUCUGUUCGUUUGCCAUUGAAGGCAGAGAGUCGCGCGUUGGAGGGUAGGAAGAAUGAACUAGCGAAGAUUGGUGGUGUUGUUGCUGUUUCUUCUGUUGCUGCUGUAGUUGGAUUGAUGGUUUUAGGUCCACAGGAUAGUAGAGAUGUUCGCUCUUAUCUUUCUGGACUUUGUGAUGUUGGGUUUCGAGCUCAGAAGGAGUUUAUGGAUGGGUUUGCGAGUCUUCUGUCUCGUUGGGAGUUGUAG